AUGAACAGACAAGGCAAGGAACGGUCCAGUGUCGGAGCAUCGCUGCGACUUGAUUUCCGAGAGUUCCUAUACAUCAAGAUGCCGCACGCCAGCACCGAUGGCCCCCUGGCUAAGCGCCAAAAGGUCACUUCCGUCGACAACCCGGUCAAGACGUUGAGCAACGCCUCUCGAAUCUUUGCCCCAUUUCGGACUGUGGGCCUCGUGUCUCCUACGGCCGUCCCCUUCACGUCCAUCCCGCUCGGCAAAACAAGCUUCCAGAUCACGACAUCGGUCGGGAAGUCGCUGCAGACGUAUGACUUGCGCCGCGGUCUCAAUCUCGUCUUCGUCACCCGUCCCCAGACCCCCUUUAACAUCACGGCCUCCUUUGCGUGGAACAAACAACUCCUCGCGGCAUGGGGUGGUUCCGGAAAGGGCGAAUCCCAGGGCAUCUGGCUUUUCCAGAGGGGCAAGAAAGUCGAUGAACUGGCUCUUCCGUCCGAUAUGACCGAGCCAAUCACCCAAAUCCUCGUUUUCGGAACCUGGAUCGUCGCCGUUGCAACGACAAGAAUCGAAGUUUUCAAAUCUGCCACCCUUGAGCACUACACGACGAUUCACACAGUGACGGCCAGCAAUAGUGGCAACCACAUCACUGGCGGCAUCACGAGCAUGCCGACUUUUUUGAACAAAAUUUUUGUCGGUCGAAAGGACGGUUGGGUGGAAAUAUGGAACAUCAGCACCGGCAAACUCAUCUUCACCAUCCUGCCGCCCACGCCGGACUGCGGCUCCGUCACCUGCCUCGAGCCAACGCCGGCACUGUCCCACAUGGCCAUCGCCUACUCUGAGGGGCCCUUGGUCAUCAUCAACGUCCUCACCGGCAAGCGCGUGGUCGAGGUUGAGGCUGGGAACCCGGAGGCCCCCGUUUGCAGCAUAUCCUUCCGCACCGACGGAAUGGGCGCCGGCAACGAUGGUCGAAAGGAUGGUGUCAUGGCUACGGCCACCUCGGCAACCGGAGAUGUGACAUUCUGGGAUCUCAACGGCGGAGGCCGUGUAAUGGGUGUCUUGCGCAGUGCCCACAACCCACCAUCCCAGGAUGGCGGCAGAAUCCGAGGCGGGGUGAGCAAAGUCGAGUUCUUGGCUGGCCAACCCGUCAUCGUCACGAGCGGACUGGACAACUCGCUCAAGACGUGGAUUUUUGACACGACUCCCUUCUCCCCCGUUCCUAGGAUCCUGCAUUCCAGAAGCGGCCAUUCCGGCCCCGUCAACUGCCUUCAGUUCCUGCCGACCGACUUUGACGGUCCCGAGGCCGGCAACAAGUGGCUGCUCUCUGGUGGACGGGACAGGAGCCUGUGGGGCUGGAGUUUGCGUCAGGAUGGCCAAAGCACGGAGCUCAGUCAGGGAAACAUUCGCAAGAAGGCCAAGAAGGCCGGUAUCCUCUCCGCGAGCACAUUGGCACAUGGUCCGACGACGACGUUGGAGGACCUCAAGGCCUCGGAGAUUACCUGCAUCGCUUCUUCUCUCAACCGUGAUGGUGGCAUUGGCGCGAUACCGGGGAAGCUGCCGAUCUGGCUGAAGGAGCACAAGAGACAGAAGGUUACCGAUGCCGAGGUCAGCGGCAUGACCGGCUGGGAGAGCGUCGUCACCGCCCACAAGAACGAUCCCUAUGCCCUCACCUGGUUCUGGGGUAGGAAACGGGCGGGCCGUUGGGCCUUCAAGACGGGGGAUGACACGAACGUCUCGACGGUGGCCAUCAGCCCAUGUGGAACCUUUGCUCUCGUCGGUUCGGAAGGGGGGUGCAUCGAAAUGCACAACCUUCAGUCCGGCGUCCGUCGGCAGCGGUUCCCGUCCAAGCUGUCCCCCGAGCAGGCGAGACAACUUCGGCUGCAGCAGCUGCGCCAGGCGGACGACGUCGCUCAGCUGCAGUCCGGCACUGGCCAAAAGUUCCCUCCGGGCGUUGGCCGGCACACGAAAGCGGUGACUGGAAUCGUCGUCGAUUCGAUGAACAAGUUGAUCGUAUCCUGUUCCCUCGACGGCAAGAUCAAGUUCUGGGACUUUCUGACGGGAACGCUGCUGGAGCAGAUCGACUGGGCGCCCAUGACGGCCCCCACAGCUUGCCGGUACCACGCGGCCAACAACCUGCUGGCGUUUGCGUGCAACGACAUGUCCAUCCGCAUCGUCGACAUGGAGACGAAGAAGACGAUCCGAGAGUUCUGGGGCCCGCAGGAUGCCAUCAACGACCUGUGCUUCUCCAACGACGGCCGUUGGGUGAUUGCGGCGUCUCGCGACCGCGUGGUUCGGAUCUGGGAUCUGCCCACGAGCCACCUGAUCGAUGCCAUCCGUCUGGAGAAGCCUUGCACGGCACUUUCCAUGUCGGCCACCGGCGAGUUUCUCGCCGCCUGCGUCGAGGACGAACCGGGCGUCGCCAUCUGGACGAACAAAUCCCUGUUCAAACGUAUCCCGACACGCCAAAUAUCGGAGAAGGAAAUCGGCCUGGUCGCUGCGCCGACGGUAUCUGGAGAAGGGAAUCAGGGCAUGCUCGAGAGUGCCUACGAGGAGGAUGAGCAGGAUGCCGACGAUGCCGUCGUAGCGCCUUCGGUUGAGCAGCUGAGCUCGGAGCUGAUGACGUUGAGUCUCGUUCCGAAAAGUCGCUGGCAGACGUUGCUGCAUCUUGAUCUGAUCAAGGAGCGCAACAAGCCAAAGGAGGCGCCCAAGGCUCCGGAGAAGGCACCCUUCUUCCUCCCCUCGACGAGGGACGCGCAAGUCCAAGGUCAAAAGGGGGGCAGCAAGACGGCUGAAGACGGCGCCAACUCGCGCAUUACCAAACUCGACAACGCUCGCUUCGAAGAGCUGUUCUCCUCCAAGCUGCGUGAUGCAGCGACGACGAACAACUGUAGGUUUAACUCCCUUGCUCUCAACCCGAUCGCCACCGACGCUGACAUGGACGUAGACGACGAGUUCAUCGAGCAUUUGAAAUCCCUGUCGCCGUCGAGUGCCGAUCUCGAGCUACGGUCCCUGUCCGUAGGGGACGGUGAUGAGGCAACUAACGAGCUUCUGCUGUUCAUCCUAGCCUUGACGGCCCGUCUCAAGGCCCGCAAGGAUUACGAGCUGACGCAGGCGUGGAUGACGGUCUUCCUUCGACUUCACUUCGAUGUCGUCAUGGAAAGCGAGAUGCUGCUGGCUGCGCUGAAGACGUGGAAAUCGCACCAGUCGCAGGAAUGCAACCGGCUGGAUGACCUUGUCGGGUACUGCAGCGGUGUUGUGGGCUUUCUCAGGAGCCCACGGACGUAG